AUGGAUCAAGAUUUGAAUGAGAAUUUAAUUAAGUUGAGCGAACUUAUGAGGUUAUAGAAUGUCAAAAAACCUAUUUAUAAUCCAUCGAAAUAUUCAAAUUUGCAUCUCAUGUUGGCAAGAUCAGUUAGCAUUAGCACUGAAUCAUCCUCCAGAAUGAUUUAAAUCAAAUCGAAUUUGAAUACAUAAAAUACUAGCAAAGCUCAAUUGAAUCAAUAAUAAAAAUAUUUUGUCAGUAGAAGAAUGUCAUUGGCGAAAUAAUUAAAAACUUGUGAUUCCUAUUUAUAAAAACGCAAAAUCGAGACUCAAUUCACUAAAACUGAUAAUCUGUGUGGAUUAAAAAAGGUAUUCGAAAUCGGAAAGAAGGUUCUCUGA